AUGGCAUUACCCUCAAGCUCCGCCGAAGCCGGCAUCGAUCCCCGUCUCAAAUAUGCCCGCCGCUCCAGGAACAAGACCAGAGACGAUAGGUACGAGUAUAAGGGCGGCGCAGACUCACAAGGGGCGACACGCAAAUCGAGGUCGGCCAAUAAAAAGAGACGUUCCCAUAGAAAGUCUGGUCCGACGUUAGAUCAAGAAUUCAGAGCUCCCAACGUAGAGUCUAAACGGCUCACCCUCAAACAAGACGCACUUCCUGGCAUCUUCAACAAAGGCAAAGCUUCCGAACCGACCGUCGGACGCGGCAUUCCCGAUCUCACAUUCUCCGAGAUGACCUUUCUGACGAAGAAACGAGAAUUGGACGACGCUCGAAUCCGCGGAAUUCGAGCCAUGGUCCAUCCUCAGAGCAACAUCAAGGGUGGUGCCCAAGAGAUCUCCGGCUAUUUUGCCACCCUAGGAUCCGGGGCUAAGAGGCGGUCGCAGACAAACACACCAGCAAUGCACUCGUCCAUUCGAAAGCCACAGCGAGUUUUCCAAAAACCUUCGCACAGGACGACAGGACGUCCCGUCAGCAACAUCCCGCUGGGUCAAGCGAUUAGCCAGACCAUGAGCCAUCUGCAUGACUCAGAACCGACACAAAGGCCGAUCCAGUUGGCUGCCACUGCUUGCAAUGAAGCCAGUAACUUGCCCUGCUUUCCAUCGCCGAAUACCCUGCGAUCAGCCACUUGUAUAUCUGAUGCCUCAUGGUCGCUAUCGCCGCCGCAGAACCCGCUCGGUGGGCUACAUAAAGAAGGAGCCUCGCCGCAUCGACCGCCCUAUGCCACCUUCGGUCCUUCUACUUGGCAAAGUUCAAGAGUUGUCAAACCGGUGCACCCACGAAGUUCGAUCAGCAAUCUAACACCAAGCGGAUACAUUCCUCAACCCGAGCUUCAGGCGCAGCAGGCCAACGAACGUCUUGGAACACUCCAAAACGGCUACUCACUCGAAGAUCUCAAGCAACUUGCGGCGAUCAGGGAGGCCGGAUAUGCUGCUCAAGAGCUCGCUGCAAAUGAUUCGGCUGUUGCAUGGGCUGUAAAUGACUCAGCUAUCAACAGCCCUCCGCGGAGCGCCGAACUACAACAUAUACAACCAACGGACAGGGAUGGAGACGCAGAAGGUGGGCCCUUGCAAUUGUCUCACUCUGGAGGCGGUGCUUGGACCAGCAAUGGACCUUGGAAGCGGAAGGUCUUUCCUGUCCUGGCUUCCUUGGACCCAAAUCUCGUACCACCGUCAUACCAACAUGAAACAGAGCUUCCAGUUGAAGCGGAGGUGCUCAAAAGACCUGGUAAUUUCGACGACCACUGUACACGCCGUACAAUGUCGCAGCUGGAGACGCAGCACCUGACCGGCGAAAGAGCCCUAGACCCUUUCGACACCGCCUUGCUUACGUCGCUUCAAACCGAUUACGAGCACUCCCAUUUGGCCCAUACGGAAGUAAGCAGUGUCCACGCGAUCAGCAAUGCGCGAUGGGCAGCAGAAGCGGGAACGCAACCCGACAACCAGGUAAAUUUCACAGCACCACCAUGUUGCGAAUCUAUCCCCAAGCCGGCUAUCUGCACGCGAGACAUAUUCAAAGGUGGCGCAGAAGACAAUCUGGCACGGACAGAAAGGAUAGUAUUGCUGCGACCUUCGAUGCAGCAGACGGAGCAUUUGGCACGAUUUGAGGGCCUCAUGCGUCCAAACAUACUUUACUGA